AUGUGCGUCGGCGCCUUUUAUGCUGUUCAUGUGGGUGGUGAUGGUACUGUGCGAGCGUUAGGUGUCGGGUUGAUGGCGAACUGGUUGUCUCGCCAUCUCUUGGCUUUUUUCUUUGCUGCCAGUCACUUUCUACGCCUUGCCUUUUCGUUGUAG